UGUUGCCCGAUAUCGCGUUCGGCCCUGUGCUUCGUCUUCUACCUUCAGCGAAAACAACCCGUUUUUGAUCGGCAGCAAAGCUGGACAAAAGCCGGUUCACCUGUAAGACGGAGCUCACUUAUUUUCCUGUUUCUCUCUGUGGCGUUUGCAGCUCGAAACAGUCAGGAUGGAUAUGAUGCAGCAACACCAACAGCUGAUGGUGGCACCGGCCAAGCGAGGGCGUAAACCCAAGGAGGGCAAACAGAAGAGAAAGAGGCGUCCCAAGCCCACAGACCACAUCAAGAAGCCCAAGACAGGCUACUUCUACUACUUGGAGGCCUUCAGGAAGAACUUUGGCAAGAACGGGGAGCAGAUUCCAAGGGCCAGUGAAAUUACAAAGGCGUGUGGGGCCAAAUGGACUGCAAUGAGCGAAGCUGAGAGGAAGCCCUACGUGGAUCUGGCUUUGUCAGACAGGGAGAGGUACUUGGCUCAGCGUGAGAUGUUCACAAAGAAGCGGGACCCUGACAAGCCCAAGAAGCCAGCCACGGCCUAUUUCCUCUUCCUGGAGGACUUCCGGAAGAAGAUGAAAGGCGUGCCGCUUGAGCCAGGCAAGCGCUUAACAGUCAUCUGCGGCGAAGAGUGGAACAAGCUGACUGACCAGCAGAAGAAGCCCUACCAGGACCAGGUGGCCAUCAAGUACCAGAUGUACGAGGAGGCUAUGAGAGAGUGGAGACUCAAGAAGGGUAUUCCAGAGCCCCACAAAGCACCAACUCAGUCCUCUCAGCCAAGCAUGAGCCACAUGCAAGCUGCCACCAUGCAGCAACAACAGGUACAGCAACAAGCCCAGCAGCAACACCAAGCCCAACAGCAGCACCGGCAACAGCAGCAGCAGUUUGGUCAGGUGGGGCUGGGCAUAGCCAACAGCUACAAUGGCAGUGCGCAGGCCGCCGCUGCCCACCAGCAGAUGCAGCUGCAGAGGAUGCACAUGCAACAACAGCAGCAGGCUCAGCAGCAUCACCACCCCCAGACAGCGCCGCAGCCAGACGAUGACGACGACGAUGAAUACGAUGAUGAAGAUGACGACGAUCUGGAAUAUGGAGACGAGUAAGGCCGUCCUCAAGCCACUAUCUCUCCCGCCUCCCUUACUCGUGUCAAUAACAGACUGUUCCAUAUUGUAAUUCAGUGACAAAUAACGCCAGGCCAUUUGUGUCUCAAGAUAAGUUGGAAACAGACUACGGCUCUAGCGAGGCUCUAUCAUUAUUGCUUUUGUCCAAGCACAGUAAAGCUAUCAACUGGGAGAGAGGAAUAUCCGUGGCUUGGGAAAGGCGGAAUAGUUAGAUUAAUCCUGCCAGUGCUUGAUCUCUCACCUGUUGAGGGUGAUUAGGGCUUCAAAAAACCUCAACCUUACAUCCUGUUUCCUUCAGCUUUGAACCAAAAAAGUCAUUAUGUUGAGUGGCUAGUUAAUGCACGUUGUUUACUGGUUUGUCAGUAAAUCCAUUUCAUGGUGCAUUCCCACUCUAGGCAUUCUUCCUCCAAUCCGUGGGUCGGUUCUGUCUUCAUGAUGUCAGCUGGCAGUGCCCAGUGAAUUCUUUUCCACGCCUUGCUGUCCAAAGAAAUGUCAUGUCUGGAUUCCACUCGGGAUGUAGAGAGCAGAACCGAGCGCAAAUGGCCUCGCUUAGUGGUGUGCACUGUUGGCCUCGCUUAGUGGUGUGCACUGUUGGCGUCCCUUAGUGGUGUGCACUGUUGGCAUUGUUGAUUUUAGCCAUGUAAAGCUGUAAAAGCAAUUUCGAAGCCUGCGUAAUGUAGCUUUGUCGAUAUGUUGCUUGGAUUAUUUUUGUUUCUUUUUUAUUGGUUAUUUUUACUUGCCGUAGUCAAUUUGUAGCCGUUUUAAAGUGUGCUGUUAGAGAUGGCUCCCUCGAGGUGUCCACAGUCGGAACGCAACACUUGUGUUUUGUUUGUUUCGUCCAUGAUAUUUUCUUCCAACAGUUCAAUUACAUUUUCAGCCUUGCACAAGUCCAGCUUAACUGCUCCAUUACCCCUGCAAGAUUUUUAACUGAAAUUUUAUGAGUCUUUUUUAAUGAUGGGUUGUCAUACUUAAAGCAUCACCAUGCCUAAUCCGAUAUAACACUGUCAAGGGCAUUUUAUACAACUAUAAAUCGCUUAUAUUUCUACUUUUUUUUUUAAUGAACUCAUUCAACGGAUGUAGCCGAAAGUUUCAAUUCCACGACCUUAAUUUGACAUUGAUGUGACUUUUAAGAAAGAAUAACAAUGAGCUUGUAAAGAAAAAAAGAAACAAACAAAGCAAUAAAUUGCGGAAAGAUAAACUCGGUGGUGCUGACAAGUUGUGUGUAUUGUACUUAACAGAUAAGGCUGUGUCGUUCCAGACACGUCGGUUCCAGAAAAGUUCUAUUUCUGUUGUUUGGGACAACGCUGGCGGCCAUGAAGAUAUGUGUUUAGAUCUGCAAGUCUAUUUUAAUACCUGGUGGCUGUUUUGUUCCUUUUUUUUAUUGGAAUGUGUAGCAGCAUUGGGCUUUAUCUGAGAGAAUAUCUAGUAGGCAUUGACAGGGAGAAUUCCGUCAUUUAAAUAAAACCAAUUUAACGGCAUUGGUUUAAAAUUUUAAGAAAGGACGUGGACAAGUGGAUUGAGUGAGGUACGCUGUGAAUAUCUGCAAUGUCUAGUGACUAAGUGCUACUAAUCAAGUACCGGAAUGGCUCAAGGUAGAAACAUGAAUGUAAAAAAACAAACAAACUGAUAAUUAGUGCUUGAAACUAAAGCUGAUAGUGGUAGUGGAGGUCAGAGGUUAACUCUAAGCUGGUCACGUCUUUGUUGAAUAAGCAAGCCUUGUAUUUCAGAUAUGUAAUUGUGCAUUGAUGUCUUGUGUUUGAAAACUUGUACAUUGUGUUUUAGCAUUGUACCCUCAUGUCCUUGUGGUCGACAAAUCGCUAAGCCUCUCAAGGCCGUUGAAAUACACCCUUUUACCAUCAAGGCCUGCUUCUUACAUGCACGGCACUGCACUGAGCUCAACUCCAGUUGAAUAAAUCAAAGAAAAAAUAAUAUGUUGUGUAACAGUCAUGCCAGCAUGUUUGGCACAACAAUUCCCUGUUCACACAAUUAUUUCUGUAAUCCCUUGUCAUCUCCUUCCAAAGAUAGCAGAAAGCUAAAUAGACAACAAACAAAAAUUUUAAAAGGACGUUAGUUUGAGUAUUCUUUGCAUUUUUCUGCAUCUUGUCUUCCUCUGACACAAAGGGGUGAAUGUUGCGGAGGGGCUAUUGAGUAAUUUCAAAUCUGUUGCUAUGGCUAUCGAUCUGUCAACCCUUAAGUCCCGCCAACUUGAAAUUACAAAAGAGCUAGUAGAUUCCUGGGUCAUACUCUAUGUGUAGGGUGUAUUCUUGAGAAACAAAAAGAUUGUGUUUUGAGACAAUGACCACAAUGAAAUCGUGCCAUGAUGUGGAUAUGUCUUGAGGUAAUACAGUUGUAGAUAUGAACCUUUUUUGACUGUCCUGUUCGUAGGAUCUUUUAAAACACAAGGAAGUGUAUAAAUAUUUGUGGAAAUACCCCCAAUUCUUCAGACCUUGUAAACUUGAAGAGUAAUCGUAGACAGUAAUUUGUGUAAAGGUAAUUUUUGUAUGUAACAACCCUGUAUUCCUCUAACUUUACAUUCAGGCCAGUUUUGCUUCUUGAACUAUGAAAUAAAUCCAACCUUAUUUCCCAACUGUUCGUUACCUUGAAACAUUGCCAUGUUAUUAACAUUUGGAAAGAAGUCCCUCUCCCCACCCCCUUUAUGAAAUAUGUAUGUAUACAUUGAAAGCAAUUAUGUAAAUUGCCAAGAUGGGUGACUUUUUUCGUAUUCACUGAUUGGCAACUGUUUAAAGUUUUAUAAAUGCCAGUUACUUGUUAUCCCACAAUACAGAAAUUACCUGAAGGAGGCGUGAUUCUGCCCUUUUUUCUGCGAUAAAUAUUUAAUCAGUUCUUUCCCCAUUCUUUGUAGUGGUUGUCAAAUAAAAAGUGGAAUUAAAUGAGUAAAUAAUUUACAAUCCUUAUCAGGAAUGAACACUGCCAAAAGGAGAAAAAAAAUUGAGCAAAAGGGCCCAAAAUGUUAAUAUUUUUUUAGCAAAUGUGAGUAAAGCAGGCCACUGUAGAAUCAACAGCUUUAAUCAGAAGAUAGUAAAGGAAAAAUAAUGGGCAUUUCUGAUUGUAUUUUUGGCUAAAGACUUUUUUUUUUUAAUAUGGGCCAAUCUCCAGUCUGUGUUUUAGGUCUUAGGUAUUUAUGCUGCGUAGCUUGUAGAGCCUUCUAGAUGAAUUGUAUAUUUUAAAUUGAUCCUUGUGAUACGAUUGUUAGAUUUGAAUCAUGCUGUGUCAGGAACUUGAUCUAACUUGAAACGGUAAUCGGCCAGUUUUUCUUGGGGAAGACUUGGUCGAUGUAUCAAAUGAAAGUAGUUUUUUCCCCCGGAAGUGGGAGAUAAAAAAAUGGAAUUUGAGUAUGAAAAUACACCAGCUUGUUGCACCGUUGGCAGUGUAACUUUGAUUAAUUGCAUACCUACUAAAUUAGGCUUUAACUUAUUGAUUCAGAGCAGAGGCGGAACUGUUAAGUGACAUUCAUUUUGUUUCAUUUUGACAAUAUUGAUGGCGAGCAUUGCCGUUUUUAACUACACUAUGACACAAAAGGAAUUUUAAAUGCUUGAAAAAAAUUUGGGCCUGUAAAUGUGACAAGUAUUUCCAUGUUGAGGUUUGUUCUCAUCGAAUGGGGUCACAGAUUCCCUGUGAAGUAAAAAAGACGAAAAAAAACCAUUAGGUGAAAUUACACAAGACAAGUAGAUUGGCUUUACAGUGUGCAUGCACAGUAUUCUGGUAAUAUGAUUUGAUAUCAUUGAUGAGCUGAACAGAGAGAACUUGAUCCUUGCCAUUUUUGUAGAUACAGAACAUUUCCCUUGUGAAUUGUCUCAUGCCAUUUUAGAGUGUUUUGAAUACCAAAGUGUUAGUAUUAUACAAGCUUUCUAGUCUUUUUUUUUUUUCGUUAUCACUGUACAUUUACUGCAAAUCUUGUUGCUUCAAAUCAAAUAUUUUUUAUUUUGUAGAUUUGUGAGUAUUGUCUUGACAUGUUAGUGUUACAUAGCAACUCAAAUGGGAGAAAACAAAAACAAAAAGAAAACAACUUUGGAGAUAACACCUACGUCAUGUCUCUUUGUACAUCUCCACUAGGGAGUUCAUUAAAAUACGCAAGAAACUGGUCCCCCAA